GCACUGGCAGGCAGACAUCUUGAAUAUUCAUUAUUUACUGACGCCAUCAAACUUUAAAGUUUUCUAGGUAGAUUCUAUCGAGAUCUAGAGCAACUCGUAGUAACUUAAGUCACAACGAUAUAGACCUAGUUCUAGAUACUAGAGUCUAGAUCUAUACCUCUUAAAAGCAUAAAUCUAUAAAAAAAAAAUGAGUGACAUCGAUCCAGAAAAACUGAAGGUCGCUGAAUUGAGAGACGAGUUGAAAGCAAGAGGAUUAGAUACAAAGGGAAACAAGGCUGCUCUUGUGGCACGUUUAAAAGAAGCUUUGGAAGCGUCAACUGAAAAUGAAGAAGGCCAAGGUAGUAAUGAUGGGGCCGAACAAAUGGAAGAAGGACAACAAGAAGAGGAGAAUGUUGAGCUUUUAGAUGAGACAACCAAUGAUGGUGACAAUGAAGGUGACACUACUGGGAAUGAAAUUAAAGAUAAGCAAGAUGAUGAAAAUGUGGAAGAAGCAUCAGAAGAAGCUUCAGAAGACAAGGAUGCUUCACAAGAUCAAGAGGAACAUCAGCAAGAAGAGAGUGGAGACAUUGAUGAUGAGCCUCCAGUUGUUCUUGGAGAUGAAUUCCGAACUAUUGAUGAAGCAACUCAAGAUGAUGAUGAUAAUGAUAGGAAGAGGAAAAGGUCACGAUCUCCCCGUGACCGCCAUAGACGGUCUCGCUCCAGGUCUAGAGAUCGUCAUAGGCGCAGUCGCUCAAGAGACAGAAGACAUGGAAGACAUUCUCCUCCUCCAAGAAAAAUUGAAAUGGAUGAGACAGCUUGGGAGUCUUUAACGACUUUUGUCCUAGAUCGCUAUGAUGCUGAUUUGAAUUUAAGAUUUGAUGAAAGUGGUUUGAAAGCGCAUCCUUUAAGUGUAGAUGGAUUUGCUUAUAUGUGGUCUGGUGUUCGUGCCAUGUAUGGCGUUCAAAAAGGAAAAAUUGCUUAUGAAAUUAAGGUUCUUGAGAAUCUUAAUGUUGAACAUGUCCGGGAUGAACAAAAUCCACACAUAUUGAGAUUAGGCUGGUCAGUCAACACAACUUCCUUGGAUUUAGGAGAACAAGAAUUGUCAUAUGGAUAUGAUGGAACAGGAAAAUCUUGCACUGGAAACACAUUUUCUGAUUAUGGACAGAGCUUUGGACCAGGGGAUGUCAUUACAGCUUAUUUGGAUUUGGAAAGUGAUCCUGUCAUUAUUUCCUAUGCUAAAAAUGGUGAGGAUCUUGGCACUUGUUUUGAAAUUCCCAAGGAACAGUUAGGAGAAAAUGCUUUGUUUCCACAUGCACUGACUAAAAACACAGAAUUCGAAUGUAACUUUGGAGCCAGGGAGGGGCCAUAUUUUCCAUUGAAGGAUGAUUUCAAAUUUUUGGAAGAUGUCCCUGAAGCUGAACGCAUCAGGGGUCAUAAGCCACCUACUACUAAAGAAGAGUGUGAGGUCAUCAUGAUGGUUGGCCUACCAGGAGCUGGCAAAACCUACUGGGUUAACCAACACGUCAAAGAAAAUCCAGAUAAACUCUAUAGUGUAUUGGGUACCAACAAUGUUGUUGAUAAAAUGAAGGUGAUGGGUCUUCCUAGAAAACAAAGUCACAAAGGGCGCUGGGAUUAUCUGAUUGAAAAAGCCAAUAAAUGCUUAAACAGAUUGAUUGAAAUAGCUGCUCGCAAAAAACGCAAUUAUAUCAUUGAUCAGACAAAUGUGUAUGCAUCAGCCAGAAGACGUAAAAUGCAGACAUUUGAAGGUUUUCAACGCAAGGCUGUAGUGGUCUUGCCAACUGAUGAAGUGUUCAAAAAACGAGUGAAAGAAAGACCAGAAGAGGAAGGAAAGGAUAUAGCUGAUAAUGCAGUAAAUGAGAUGAAAGCAAACUUCACUCUGCCUGAGGAAGAUCAAGGUUUUGAAAGUAUUAUCUAUUCAGAAGAGGAACCCAAUAAAGAGGACAGAGAAAAGUUAAUAGAACAAUAUCGCAAAGAAGGUCGCGAUGCUCUUCCACCACCGGAUAAGCGUUUCAGAAGAGACAGUCGUGACUUCAGAGUUGAUAGACGUCCUGGUUACAGAGGUGGCAUGGAUAGAGAUCGCAGAGGUGGUUAUCGUGGCGGGCGUGGGUACAACUCCUGGAGGCCAUACAAUGAUCGUAGAGGAGGUGGAGGUCGUGGUGGUUAUAGGGAUGACAGACGUCGUGAUGACAGAAGUUAUAAGGGUAGCAGAGGCAGUUGGGGUUCUGGAAAUUCAGGAUGGGGUAACUCUGGGUGGAAUAACUACCAAGGAGGUGGUGGCUAUGGAGGUGGUGGAUGGGGUGGACACUACAAUCAGAGCUACAACCAACAUUGGACUGGCUAUAGUUCAGGAAGCCGUGGUGGCUGGAACAACUACUACAAAUAAAUACUGUAUUUAAUUGUCUUUUAGGGGAAAGAAAGUAUAAAAUCAACAUCUCUUUCAAAAUUUUAAAGAUUUUAUGUAGUUGUCACAAGAAAUACCUUUCAUCAUUUUGAUUGUGAGGUUUAGCCUUUAGUGGUCUAACAAACUUUUAAACCUUGUUUUAAUAUCGAAGUAUUUUAAGACAAUAUUUAGGGGAAAUUGAGAAGCUUUUUAAUUACAUUUUUCAGAACAGAUAUAAAUAAAUAGCUUUGUUUAUGGCGUUACACAAACUUAAAGUAGAAUAAUUAGUUCAAUAAUUAUUUUUUUUACAGACAUUGGUACAUUGGUGUUCUCCAUAAAACAUCCUUGUAUAAAGUCAUCUGAUUUAUGUAUAUAUAUAUAUAUAAAAAUAUUACUGUCCAUCAUAUGAAAUAAUGUUCAUAUUUUGUCAUGAUGUUUUAUUUCCUCUUAAAUUGUUACUGCUUGCAGCCAUCUUUUUUUAUUGUGUAAUAAAUUUGUGUACCUAUUUCCAAUAUAUUUUUAUUGUGCUCUUUUGGAUCUGAAUCUACAUUAUUUGUUUGGCAGUCCAUGCUGUUCAAAUCAUUUGUGUAGAUUUUGCACAUAUUUAAAAAACUUUUUUAUUGGUAUAUUAGUAAAUGGUUAAUCCAAUAACUGAUGUCAGUACUUGAUGUAGUUUCUUAAGAUUUCAUUCACACAUAAUGCAGAUUCAGUUAUAUAUUUUUUUUAGAAUAGUUUUUUUUUUGUUUUUUUUUUGUGUGUUUAGUUGUAACUUUGUAUUAAAAAAAAACAACACAAAUCUCACUAGUCCAGUUGAUAGUAAAUUGGAAAUACAAAGGCAGCAUAGUUUGUUGAAUAUGUGCUGUUCAUGUAGACUUAAACAAUUUUAUUUUUGUAAUUUGUUCCCUUUUUUUUUUUUUCUUAAGGGCUUCUGUGGACUCGCUUUUUUAUUGAUUUUUUUUUUACAAUAAAAUAUUUUAUUUUA